AGGUAAAGAUGAAGUUUCAUGGACCAGUUCAACCGGCUGUGUCCUCUGUGAGAUGCCAAGUCCGCCUGCUCCACCAGCUCUGGUAGUACUACUCAAAUCUGAACGUUCACACAAACCAACGGCAAAAUCUGUCCAGGGACACACACUUCGUUAGACUCGGACAUAGUUUUAAUAAUUAAAUUUGUAUUUUUUUUUGGAAGUAGAGAAGAAAUUGUGUGAUUUAAGCAAAAUGGGCAGACGUAGAAUUGAGGACAUGAUGUACCCUAGCAUUGCUGAGGAGAAGGCCAGACACAAGAAGAAACGUCUGGUGCAGUCCCCUAAUAGCUAUUUCUUGGAUGUCAAAUGCAUGGGUUGCUACAGGAUCACUACCAUCUACAGUCAUGCCCAGACAGUGGUGCCUUGUGCUAGCUGCUCGAUAAUCCUCUGCAGGCCCAGCGGAGGCAAAUGCAGGCUAACUACGGGAUGUGCCUUCAGAAGGAAAUAUUACUGAGCGGAAAUGUGGCAGCACACACCCUGACUGGCAAGAUCACCGACAAAUAGGAGUGUGUCAACGGCUACGGAUGCAUUGGUCGGACAAAUUAGAUAAUCGCAAAUCAAUUAAAUCGACAAAAGCAAAGUCAAAAAACAGUUGACGUUCUGUAAAACAUUUAUUAGGUGACAUGGAGGGAAUUUGGUCAAUUAAGUACUUCAAAAUGUAUUCAAUAAUAAUUGGCUGCAUUUUUAAAUGACCCUUGCAUGAGAUGACAUUAAAAAAACCAUUUAUUGUGCAU